CGUAAACCCGUUUUGGCAAUGCGGCGACAAUUGGCCUAUAAAAUGCUGGAGAAGUUUGGACAACAGCAUCAGUCACUGACAAACCAACCAACCCAAACAAUCAAAUCAACAUGAAGUUCCUUAUCUGCUUGGCUCUCUGCAUCGCCGCUGCCCAGGCUGGCUACCUCGCCUCUCCAGUGGCCACCUACGCCGCUUCACCGUAUGCUGCCACCUAUGCCGCUGCCCCUGUGGCUUACAGUGCCCCGGUGACCACCUAUGCCGCUGCUGCUCCUGCCUACUCCACCUACUCUACCUACGCCGCCGCCGCUCCUGCCUACUCCACUUAUGCCGCUGCCGCUCCCGCCUACACUGCCUCGGUCUACAGUGCUCCUGCUUACACCGCCCCUGUGGCCACCUAUGCCGCUGGUGCCGCCUAUGCAGCUCCCAUCACCACCUACUCGGCUCCGGCCAUCGUCAGCCCCUUCCUGAAGAAGAAGUAAACUGCACCCAUCAUUGACCCAUCCAAACGAUUCGAUAAACUAAAUAAAACGCCAAUCUAAGCGAAA